UCGGCGCAUGCGCGCUCGUAAGUGUACUCACCAUGCUGCUUCAGAACUCCUAAUUAUUACGCUUUGAUCCGAUACUUAUCUAUCCGUCUGAAUCGAUCCUCAUGGCUACACGUACACCGGCAGACACUUGUACUCCUCUAGAGUAUUCAGAGGCCCAGAGUGUAGCACACUCGACGUGCCAGCUUUCCAUGCAGCAGUCCCAGGGCGACCCCCCCAUACCACCUGCCAUUCCCCCCACUGAUGACGCCGGCACUUCUGGAGUGACCCUUGGAGGUGGUCUCCUGAUCCUGAUGCUCGUUAUCUUCAUAUGUUCCUUAUGUUACUGCUGUAUGCGCAAGAAAACAGCGCUCAAAACACCCAGCUAUAUGAGAUCCUGCUAUGCGUAUCCAUGCAGUGUGGAUAGUGGAGUCACGUCUAUCGACAUGUUACAGUAUAUCAAAACAUUGUGGAACAAUGCGAAAAAAUAUGAUAGUGAAGUUUAUGCGAAGAAGAUAAUAGAAGUUAUACCUGAGCUUAAAGAUGUUGAUGAUGUUUUUGCCAUAGAGUGGGACGAACUGAAAGAAAAGUUUCUGCAGUCUGCAACGGGUAAGUUUUACCAUGCAGUAGAGACGUUUCCAAUCGAUUUGACAAUGAUGCGUCAGGAUUAUGACAUGUUCACCGGCUUCUUAGAAUGUUCACCCCACUAUACAAAUUUUACCAAAGAGAGUCACAAUACCCAGUUACGUAACCUAAGUGGUUUCCUACAAGGUGGAUGCAAUGCAGACGAAGUUAGGAUCUUAUGUAUAAUAGGCCACGGGCUUUCUCAACAGCAAGCCGAAGAACUGAAUAAAUACCCCCCUGAGUUUGAUAACAAAAAGUGUGAUGACUGUACGAAAAUGAAAAGCUGUCGCUGGAAGUGGCCUCUGAUUUUCUGCAAUGACAAAGACGGGCUGGGUAAAGGUUACACAGCGAAAAAGGUGUGUAAAGAUGCUAAGAAAGGUGAUGUAGUCGUGUUUUCAUCAGGAUUCCUGACCCCUGAAUGGAUAGUUGAACAACUACGAAAAAGGGAGUUAAAUGAGGUCAAUGGAAAAAUUCAUUUGACAUUGGUUUUGCUGGUUGAUUCCUGCUAUUCUGGAAUGUGGACUGAGCGGAUUGAAGCAGAUUUAUUAAAGUACGGCAAAUUAAAUUACACAAGGCUCGUUGUUCAGACGUCGUGUGCAGCUGAUGAGGGUUCAUAUGGUCAAUGCUUCAUCCCAUAUUGGUGUGCCAUGCAGAAUGUACAAGGCGAUCAACAAUUUAGCGAUGAGACACUAAACUGUAAACAAACUCCCACAUUGUACGAUAGCGAUCACAACGGUGGUAAUGGAGUAGGAGUGCUCAAGUUUAUCCCCCAUGGUCAGUCCCUGCAUUACUUCAAUUACACUUUGGAACGAGGUGCACAUAAAGAUUUUAUAAAUGAAUUUUCGAAUGGCGAGGGAAAAAUUCACAGCUAUAAGCUGAAACAUCAUAUGGCAAGUGGAAAACCAAUGGCUUUUUUUCUUGUAGAAAUCAAUCGCAGAAUGGUUCACCUUCAUGUCCAUUUCAAUAUCGACCUCAAAGUAGUAACGGCAAUCAAUUCAUACGAAGCAGGAAAAGGAUAUAAAUAUAAAUAUGACGAGGUAGGUAAGAAAAUAGAAGAAAAAGACCAAAGGACUCUUGAGGGAAUUUUGAAGCGAUGCCAAACACACGUAGAAGAAGCUGGACACGAUCAAUGGGAUCUAAAAAAAACCAUGGCGUAACGGGGAAAAACCAUGGACGAUGAAAAAUACACAACCUCCCAACGUGAUCCGCUCCAGGUCUGUUAUGUUUGAAAUGUGUAAUCCACAUAACCUCAAGAUCUCAUCCUGAACAGCUAUUGUUACCUUCUGUGUUUGACUGCCUCACUAUAAUUAUUUACCCUAUAGCAACUCUUUGUAAUUAUUAUUUACCAUGCGAACACAUUAUACUUUGCAUACAUGUACAUGCAGCUUCAAUAAUAAUAUAUUUUAUAAUGAAUUUGAAUUUAUAAUAACGAGUACACUAACCAAAAAUUCAACACACCCACACAUUGCUAAGUUCUGGUUCUUACAGCAUGCACUCAGACAAAAACCAAGUGCAGUGUUGAUUAGAUACUUAAUAUGCGGAUAAAUUAUUAGGAAUUGUUAAUGUAUUGUUGUAUGUUGAUACAUGUAGUGACUUCUCUUGACAGAAGAGAUUCAGUCUCUGGUAACUAUAAUAAUUAUACAUAAUUGUACAUGUUCUCUUUCCCGAAUUUUUGAUGCAACGAAAAGACUCGAUCUACACAUGCUCAAUUGAGGGGUGUGUUUGUCUAGUAUCUAGAAAACUUCUUAGGAUACUCUAAGAUAAAUAUUUCUUUCUCUUACGGUGUAUCCAGUCUAGAGAGUAGAAUACCACAAAUGUGUGAGUAGUUGUACUUAAAUGUAAAUAUCUUAUGAAAGGUUCGAUGUUAAUUGCUAAAUAUAUCUACACAUAGUCCGUCCGCCAUAAAGUGCCAUUUCGGUUAGGGAGAGAUUUGAAGCAAAUCUUACGUCUACACGGAGUAAGCUUGAAUAAAUUGUCUAACUUAUGAUAAGAAAAAUUUGUCUAGAAAUACUUUCGUUCAGAGAUAAUUGAUGUUACACACAUUUUUUUACGAUCACCCAAAAUGAUUUCCCACUGCAACAACUUUUGGGUAAUUAUUUAUAAUGUUGUAGCUUAUUCAUUCACCUAUACAAUGAUAUCAGCACUAGAAAUGUUCCAAUCCAUUUAAGUACAACCACUCACCUAUUGUAGUAUUCUAUUCUGAAACUCUAGACAGGAUGCACACUGUAGUGAAUACUGUACUUUGCCUGUGAAACAUUCUAUUGCAGCUAGAUUCAGACAUCCACUCAGGACUACGACUGUGGUGCAUGAUAUAAUUAUGUCCACGUAACUAUACACACAACCCCCUCCGCCAUACAAGAUGACACCAAUGUGUGGGACGAGGGCCCAGACUCGGAAAAUAACUUUCACUACAAUCUCAGCUAGCUACCUUGAACGAGUCACCUCAGAGAAAGAU